CGAGGGCGUGGUGUCACGAGGGAUGGGAGCACGCGGCGUUAUGCUGGCGGGACCGCGCGUCAUGGUGGCCGGCCUGGGCAACUAUGGGCUGCGGGGAACACGGCACAGUGUGGGCAUGGCGGUGCUGGACCGGCUGGCGCGGCAGCUGCUGGUGGCAGAGGGCUGGCGAGUGGACAGGCGCUGCUGCGCUGACGUGGCCCUGGCUGCAGCUCACGGCCUGGAGCUGGUGCUGCUCAAGCCACGGAGGUUCAUGAAUCUCAACGGGCUCAGCGUGGCCAGUGCUGCUAAGAUCUACAGCCUCGGUCCAGAAGACAUUUACCUCGUUCAUGAUGACCUGGACAAAGCCCUGGGCAAGGUGGCGAUCAAGCUGGGAGGCAGCGCAAGGGGACACAACGGAGUCCGAUCCUGUAUCAGUGCUCUGCACUCCAACGAGAUGACCCGGCUCAGGGUUGGCAUUGGGCGGCCAGAGGGUGAAAUGACAGUGUCCAGCUACGUCCUGGCUCCGUUCAGCACCGAGGAGCAGGCGAGGCUGGAGCCAGUUCUGGCCCAGGCAGCGAUGUUCCUGCUGGAGCACAUCUCGAAGAGGAAAGCGCCCGCGGGGGAGCCAGGGGACAGGGGCUGACGGAGCGCCCGGAGACCUGCGUGGCUGAUAGACAGGGCACUGCAGUCUCUCCGGGGUGACCAUAGUGCGGAGCAGGGCUGGCCAUGUCAGGCAGCCUGGCCAGGUGCUGGGGCAGCUCCCGUCCGUCCUCACAUGGAUCUGGGCAGCUUGUGUCCCACUGGAACCCCUGCGGUGGCUUUGUAUGCACAGAAAUGCAAUAAACCCUCACCCCUGGCUGCCUCACUCCUGCCCCUCUCCCCUGCUCCGCCUGCUGA